AUGGUUAAAAUGGUUGGAAAAUUCAUUAGAUGGAUAAAAAAAGGUUAUAAGAAAAAUGAUGCUGAUAUUUCGAUAUCACUACAACCUCCACUCACUCCUUUAUUACAGCCUGCAGUUGAAGAAGUAAUCCAUGGAUAUACUAUCACUGAAGAAUGGUACUCUGGAAGUACAAACAAAGUGUGCAAAGCAAUUAAAGAUUCCCGGGAAUACGCUCUAAAAUUCUUCAAAGAUGAGGCUACCUUUAAACAUGAAGUUGCUAUUUUGUCCCUUUUGAAAAAUUCACAGAAUAUAGUCCAAUUAGUUGAGUUUUUUGCGACGGAAAAAAUUCUUGUCCUCGAACAUGGCAUUUGCGAUUUACAAACUUACAUUCGAAAACCGACUUGGGUUCAAAGUCGUCAACAUACCGAUGAAAUAAAGAAAAAAAUAGUAAAGGAUGCUGCAAAUCUUGGAACCUGGAAGUUGAUAGAUUUUGACACGUCACGUAAAAUAUCGGCCCCGACAACAUUAAAUACCGUAAAUUACUGUAGCCCUGAAGUCGCAAAGGCCGAUUUUAUCGGCAAAACAACGAAAGCACACCCGUCAAUGGAUAUGUUUUCUUUUGGCUUAGUUCUUUUCUUUAUGGAAACUGGUUAUCAUUAUUGGAAACGAAAGGAUUUAUGGUCGAUUGGGCCACCAUUGACAAAAAUAGAGAAGGUAGAAUUUCUUCGGUCUAAGGAAUCCCUUGUUGUAAGCGUCGAUGACAUAGGUGAUGAUAAUAAAAGGGAGAUUAUAAAUGAUUUAUUAAAACCGAAAAAGCGAAGGUUGACAUUAACACAGUUUAAGAAAACUGUAUAUUAUUUUGAUGAUAAUGACGAAGAUAUAACAAACGCGAUUAUUCAAUUAGAUAGGGAAGAGGAGGAUAAAUUCAAACAACUAAUGAGUCUUAUUCCACAGGAAUGGGAAAAAAUUGGUCCGCAGCUUUUCAAGUUACGAUGUGAAAAAAUACCACGUUUAUUCAUCGUUAUCCCCGUCAGUCCGUCUUGGAAAAAUCCAAAAACCUGGACGUCACAAUCAUUUCGAUUACAUUUUGUAUGCGAACACGUUACACCACAUGUCCAUGAACAUGAGGGUUUUUACAUUCAAAGUCCUCUCGAAUUUAUAAAAAAAUAUGGAGCUUAUAUUAAAUUUUGUCACCACUUGGUCUCAGCUAGAACUACGUAUGAUACUUUCCCUCAAGAAAUAAUAGAUCAUAUCACGAAAUUGUUUCAUGUCCCCAAGUCUUCGAAUCUUUUGAAUCAUAUCGCCAAAAUUGGGGAUCAGAUACAUCAAAUAACAAAUGAGCUUCCACCAGUCACCGAUGGCCAAGCAGAAGUUCUUGAUCUUGAUGAUGAUGCCUCUCAUUAUUAUAUACUUAAUUCUGCUGGGCUUCGUGAAUUGAAAGAAUACUUUAACAACACAAAUAUGCCCCCUGAACACCUUAUUGAAGCCCGUCGUAAUGAUACUAAUGAUUUUGUUUGGAUUUGUGAAAGACACUCACGUGACCAGCUUUACGAAGCAAAUUUUCUGGCAUCAGGUUUAAAUGUUUCGCACUCCUCACAUAUUGCAGACAUGGAAAAUAUUCCUGUCAAUAAUGUUAGGGCAAUUAUAGAUGAUAUUGUCGGAAAUGCAAGUUUUCGCCCACAACUUAUUAAUGAAUUCAAAAAUAUUACCACCUCAACUAUGGAUGUAUUUGAAUCAUGGUUUCAAGAUGCAAAGAAAACAUUAUGGACCAGUGCAAAGAAAGAUCGACAAGAUAUUACAAGUUUAAAAGAGGAGUACAAGAUGCACAUGACAAAAUUGAUGGAAGCACUGAUCGAUAAGUCGACGAAUAUUAUAAUUCCUGGAUACAAAGGAUCCAGAUUAUCAUCUAAUGAUUCUUUUUUAAGAUAUGAAGAUGAUAAGUUUAAUAUGUGGGAUACUCGUAUAAAUGAGCUUUAUGAAUUAUAUAUUAAACAAAGCAAAGUCCAUUGUCUUUCAACUGCACUCUUGCGUGAAUCUUACAUACCCACAAUUAAAAUUAAAGAGCUUUCAAACAUUAAUAAAAGGCAUGGUUCCACUUUCUGUGUAGUAAAAAGUAAAGCUGAUAAUAACAUAGUAGCUGCAAAGCGUUUGUUCAAGAACGCCAUAAAUUUGAACAUGCUUUAUAGUGUGGAAAAGGAGGUUUAUAUGUUCAAAAGAUUUCUAGCUCCUUGUGACUAUAUAAUUGGAUUUUUUGGUGUGACAGUGAAAGAUAAUAGUCCAUGUCUAUUGAUGGAAUGGGCACAGGAUGGAAAUUUAUAUCAGUACAUGAAAACAUAUAAGACUGUUGAGAAAAAGAAAAUGAGUUGGCAAUUUAAAAUUAGCUUGGCUUUAGACAUUGCUAAAGCUGUAAGAUUUUUGCACGAAAACGGAAUUAUACAUUUGGACAUUCGUAGCCAUAAUGUACUUUUGACUUAUGGCAAAAAGGCCAAACUUUCAAAUUUUCUUUGGAGUCGAAAAUUCGAUGACGAGCAAACAUUAGUAUCUCAUCCUACAAACUAUAAAAAUGGGGUACGUAAUCGAUGGAUGGAGCCACAACAAUUAUUAAACCCACCAAAGAGUAAAUUAGACUUUAAAACUGAUAUUUACAGCAUGGCCAUAUUUUUAUGGGAAAUUGCCGAUGGUCGAGGAACUUUACCACACGCGCACAUAUCAGAUAGAUUACUUAAAGAAUAUGUUGUUGACCAGAAAGGGCGAGAUGGGUUACCUUAUGACGAUGAAGAAUAUCAGCUAGUUGUUUUCAACAAAUUAGUACGUAAAAUGUGGGCGUGGCAUCGGCCUCACAGACCUGAAAUAAUGCAAGUUGUAACAACCCUUGAAAGGAUUUCAAAUAUUGAGAAUACUGGAUCUAUAAUGUAUGAAACCAAUUUACCUAACAUGCCUACUAUGGAUCAAGUAUCACGUAUGUAUCACAAUCAGCAGUAUACUGAAGUAUUACCAUUUCUGAUUCGUUAUGCAGAUAACGGUGAUUCGGAAGCGUGUGAAUAUUUGGCAGUUUAUUAUAGAGAUGGUUUAGGUGGAUUAGACAGAGACGUUGGCAAAGCAAUGGAAUAUUCAAAAAAAAGUGGUACAAACAAGUCACAUAAGAUUAAGCCGUCACAAAAUGAAAAUUAA